UGGAUGUUGAAUGAGAGGGUUGUUCAAUUUAUAAGGCCGUUUACCAUCCUGUUGUGUCCCUGUAAUCUAUGCGUGAGAUGGAUUAGCCUAGAGUAAUCCAUGGUUGAUGAAGUUGGUGAACGUAUUAUCACUGUUAACUUAGGCAAGAAUGAAUUGCAUUGUGUACGUCAAUUCAUUGUGAAGAGUUAUCAGUUAUUGUGAUUGGUACGCUGCUGUUAUAACUGAAAGCUUGUCACAGAGACCGAGGUAAAUUCACUUCUUGUCAUAUUAUACAUCCCGAAAAGGUUUACUGAUCUUCGCACUUAUGUAUGUGUAUGACAUUAAUAUUCUUUAUCUUCUCUUCUGAAUUGAUGCAUCUUUGUGUUCUGCCAUUUUUAUUCAUCCGUUAUUCAGUCUUCGAUUAUUCAAACACGCGAUGUACCAAUAAACAUCUAAAAGACGAAAGGGAUAGCCUUGCUAACUAUUCUUUGAGUAUUUGUUGGUUUUCUAAGAGUUACAUUUCUUUUAUUUAUCUUGAAGUCACGAUCGUGACUUCUUGUCUUGCCUUUAAGUUCUUAUGCAUAGGUGUUUAGUUAAUUGUUAGAGUAUGUGAGGUGCAUAAUUUACCGCAGUUAUAUAUAAAAUAUUUCCCUAAAUUCAAACAGAAAAUAACUGAUUUUGGAAUCACUGUUCGCCUUCAUUGAUUAAAAAUAUUAGCAUUAGCCCCUAUAACUAGAAUUCAGAUUAAUCCGUUUUUAAAAUCUGGUUUACUAUCUACAGCGGAUUAUCGAUCCCAAGUACGGGAGAUUUUUGUCAGACAGUGUGCCUGUCGGUAUAGAAGCUACAGAACAUUUACAGUUCAGUGUUGAUGAUUCCAUUUAUUAUAGCAUGCCGAUAACAAAUUCAGCUGUAAUAACUGCUCUAACAGACAAAUUCUUAUCACCGAUAUCCUGUUAUCAUCAUCAUGAAACUAAUGGUCAUCCGUGCAGACCUAAAAUUAAACAUUUCAAAGGGGAUCGUUUUAAAUCUGUUAGUGUAGAUCACUUAGGAUGUUUAGACCAAGGAAUUUUAGAUGGUUCACACCAAACGAUUAAUCUGAGCCAACCAUUUAUAUCUUGUGAGCACCUGAAUUCUAUACUUACGGAGAAAGACAUUCCAAUUGGAUCACGUUCAGCUGGCGACGGCCAAACAGAUGAUGAAGAAUUAGAUGGUGCAAAUUGUUCAGUUUAUCCAGAAACCAUUCAAUUUAAAAACAAUCCAGUCAGUACAAAUUCAUCAAGUGAUGUGAAAUGUCAUUUAGGUUCACUAUCUCACUUGUCUUCACCGCCAAUUUCUCUUACAAAUAAUCAAGUUGAUACACAACACCUACUUCUUCCAGGUCGUUCUGAAUUUGAGCAACGUUUAGUUCGAGAAGUAGCAUACUUUGAGUUAUGCGAAUUUUUAAUUGAACAAAUCGAAGAAAUUUAUGAUUUGGAGACUUUUAAAUUGUUGGAUCUACCAGAGAAUAAGAAGCAUACAAAUUUGCCAUCAGAAAUGCAAAAUGAUCGUCAGAUGACGUCAGGUCAGGCAAUUGUCCACAGUCCUCACAAUCCAUUCACUAGUGUGUCAGUUCAAAAUCUUAUUGAUCAGACGGAAAACAUGGAACACUAUAUGGUGGAUAGUGCAACUGGAUUGGCAGUUUCACUAAUCAAUACAUGUAUAAAAGAAACUGUUCAGCAUGUUAAACAUGAAACGAUUUUUUGCAAACUUUGUGAAUUACGAGAAUUGAUGCUCCACACUUCUGAUAUAGAUUGGGUCCAUUUGAAUCAAUCGUCCACUAGUUUUACAAAAGCAGAAGGUUUUACUCAAGACAAUAAACUUCAACAUUUGUUAAAAUCUUCGAGUUUUUCUAAGAGCAGUGAACACUCUGUCAAAUCCCCAGAAAAUUCAAGGCAGUCACCUCGUCAGAGGUGGACCAGUUUUCACUUCAAAUCCUAUCCUCAACCGACGACCAGUUCAAAGCCUACUUUGAAUUCACUUUCACAAUCAGGUGGUGGUUAUUUAUCAACCUUUUUGAAUUCAUUCAAUUCAGUGCGCAAUAAUGGAAAAAUUCCUGAGACUACUGUCUCAGUCAACACAAAUCCGGUUAAGUUAAAUAAUGAUGAUGAUGAUAAUAAUAAUGACAAUAAUAACACUAAUUCAACUGUUGAUUCAGCUUUAAAAGAUGGAAAUAACUCUCAAUCAUUAAUUUCUUUGAUUAGAGAUUUUAAACUUUCAGACAGACAAGACAAUCCUCGCGUACCAUUGAGCACUCAUCGUUCCUCUUUGUUCGACUUUGUAUGUACCCCUCUACCGUAUGGUCUGUUAAUUAACCCACCUGUUCAUAAAUCUAAACGUAAAGCGAUUUUGACCAAUCAGAAUAACCGGUGUGCUGGUUGUGGUGCUUUCAUUGAAACACGAUAUCUCAAGAGAAUGCGAUUUUGUGAGUUCUUCGGCCGAUAUUUUUGUUGUGUUUGUCAUUCGAAUACACUGAUGACACUUCCUGGAAACUUAUUAACUUGUUGGGAUUUUCGUAUGUUACCAGUUAGCAAUUUCGCACGUGAUCGACUUCAUCAACUGCACAACCAACCUUUAUUAAGGACAAUUGAUUUUAAUAAACAAGUUUUAAAUCGCCAAUCUAGUCUAAUCGACUGUUUGACACUACGUAGGCAAGGGAAUUUAAUGUUACCUUUUAUUCGACGAUGUCAAGCAGCUCAACAGCUGAUGGAGUUUGAACGUAUACCAAGUCAUUGGCUUGAAACACCAGAUUUAUGGAGUAUGGCUGAUUUACACGCCGUACACGAUGGAAAAAUGUCAACGACUAUACGUACAGUAUUAUUACCAAUUGUAGAACACAUACCAAUAUGUGAAAGAUGCUUAGCUCAAGGUUUUAUCUGUGAAGUCUGCAAAUCUGGUCAAAUUCUUUUCCCAUUCGGUCAAGUGAACACAGUCACUUGUCCAACUUGUUCAGCUUGUUUCCAUCGUGUGUGUUUACCUACACCUAAACCAGAAAUAUGCCCUAGAUGUAUCAGACGUGCAGCUAAACGAGAACAACUAACGUGAGAAUAGUUGACACUAUAUGAUGUGUUAAUUGCGUAAAUAGGCAUUUUUAUGGUGAAUAUAUGCACACACACACAUACAUACAUCCUUUUACUUCCUUUUUCUCAUAUUCAUUCCAAACUUGUGUUUUUAAACAGCUUUAUUCAAUUAACCAGCAUAUCAAUCACGUAGUCAAUCAGAGGUGGUGAUAUUGAUCUCUUUUUGCUGUCUUAACAAAUCACAUUGUUCUCUUUACUGCAUUCACUAUUUUAUCUGAACAAUAAAAAUAAACACAAGGAAAACACUCUAAUGGUACAGUAAUUAUGUAAAAUUUUCAUACAUUGCAUUGAUCUCUCUAUACUUUGUCUCCAGUUCUUCCAAUUUCGAAUUUCGGCGAAAAUGAAUUAUUAUUAUUAUUUCUUCAGCAUACUUUCUGGUUUUUUCAUCCUAUUAUACAAUUGUAUUUUAAUUAAUUUCAGCAUUUCACAUUAAACACAUCAACACAUUGAUUUCUAUCAUUACUCUUUUCUGUCUUUCUAAAUACCCACUAUUAUUAUCUAUAUAUGAUGCUGAAAUAUGAUUUUAUUUUUGUUAUGGAAUUUGAUACACUAUGCCAGUCACUUUUAUUUUAUUUUAUUUUUUUGACAAAUAUACAAUAAAGUUUAUAUCCCUUGUGUUUGCGUGUUGUGACUUUAAGAUUACUCCCCCUCCCUCACCUGCGUGGGUUAUCUAUUAUCCACUCGCUGUGCUCAGCUUGUUUGUCUUCUAACUCAGCAGAAUAGUAUCAUAUUUGUGUUUAUACUUGAGAAUCU